AUGCUAAAUUUGUUAAAUUCUUUAGAAAACAAUCCAAAGGUUCCAUUCUAAUUAAGAAGAUAUCGCCCUUCAUUAACAAUUCAAAGUGAACCAAAAAAUUAACUUACUAGAUAACAUACAAUUUAAGAUCUUUUAAACUUCAAAUUGUCUGGCAUGUCUAGUAAUAUUCCUCCACCAUAAUCAAUAAUUUAAAGAAAAUUGAGUAUUAGACCUUCAUUAAAGUUGACCAAAAUUACUCCUUUUGUCACAGAAUCAGGAGAUAAUUGUACACCCCUUAUAAAGAGAACUAUCUCUUUGGAAAACACCAAGAAAGUUGACUUUCACCCUUCAGUCUUGGUAAUUUACUCAGAGAAUGGAAUAAAGAAGAGAGAGAAGUUAAUUGAUGAAUUUAGAGUUAAAAGAAAAGGCACCAGAAAAAACUGUAUAAUAAUUUAAAAAAAAUGA